AAGUUGGCAGGUGGAGAGGCAGGUUGGGAGGGGAAGUUGGGGGAGGAGGCGGAAGAAGAACUGUCGGAGGGGGAGGAGGGAGGGAGGAAAAAGGAGGAGGCAGAGGAGAACUGAGCUGAGCCGAGCAUCGAGCCAAAGGGGAGAUGAGUUUGUCUGUCCUCGGCUGAGGCUUCGGCUGGGCCUAGGGAACUGGGAGCUCGGGUUGGAGCGACACCCGUGGAAGUGGGAGGAGGUGGCUCUGGGACUUUAACCCCUUGUGGGCUCUGCGGCAGGGGAUUUAACCCUUUGUGGAUCCGGCCCCUCGGAGUCAGCGUCAUCGGGUAGUUUUAACCCCUUCGGGGCUGGGUUUAACCCGUUGGAUUUAACCUCAUCUCCUUGCUCACGAACUCCUCCAUCGCGGGGGCGCUCUGCGGGGAGGCUUGAGGCCCCCCCCCCCCCUGCACAUUACGUACUGUUUCUGCUGCUGCACCCCCUUGGACCCGCUCGCUGGCCGCACUCUGGGAGCUUAACCCUUUACUGACUUGAGCUCCCCCAGGUUGCAGUUGGAGUUUGCUGACAGAAGGACUGGCUAAAGGCAUCACUACAGGAAUUAUAGACCGAAAAGGAUUGUGUUGGACAUUUUUUAAAAGGAAAGAAAAACCUUUUUUCCUUAAGGACUUACAGCGAAAAUUCUUCAAACUUCGAGAAGAGGAUUCUAUUUGCCAUGGCCGAGCCACUCUUGUCAGAGUAUCAGCACCAGCCUCAAACUAGCAACUGUACAGGUGCUGUUGCUGUCCAUGAAGAACAGAACGCCGAUCACCCCCCAGGCGCGGAGGAGCGGGUGCCCGAGGAGGACAGUAGGUGGCAAUCGCGAGCGUCCCCCCAAUCGGGUGGCCGUCCAGGGCAGUGGGGGGAAGGGAGCCUGAAGCCCCAGCCGCCUCCCCUGCAGACCCAGGUCUGCACAGAAUCCAGCUGCCUGAAAGCAAGUGAGAAGGGCCAGAAUGGGGACGACUUGUCUGCUGGCGGAGUCCCCCAGCCAGCGGCGGGAGGGGAACAGAGGCCCCAGGCCGUGGAGCCACUCUUGUCAGAGUAUCAGUACCAGCCUCAAACUAGCAACUGUACAGGUGCUGUUGCUGUCCAUGAAGAGCAGAACCCCGAUCGCCCCCCAGGCGCGGAGGAGCGGGUGCCUGAUAAGGACAGUAGGUGGCAAUCGCGAGCGUCCCCCCAAUCGGUUGGCCGUCCGGGGCAGUGGGGGGAAGGGAGCCUGGAGUUCCAGCCACCUUCCCUGCAGACCCAGGUCUGCCCAGAAUCCAGCUGCCCGGAAGCGGGUGAGAAGGGCCAGAAUGGGGAUGAUUUGUCCGCUGGCGGAGCCCCCCCGCCGACGGCGGGAGGGGAACAGAGGUCCGAGGCCGAGCCGCUUGUCCAGCCUUGUCAUGACUCCGAGACCAACAAGUUGGGGGCUUCUGCUGCAAGGGGCGAAGCGGCGUGGAGACAGCAGCAGAGACAGCUGGGCAAGAAAAAACAUAGGAGGAGACGCACUUCCAAGAAGAAGAGACUUUGGAAACCUUACUACGAGCUGACCUGGGAGGAGAGAAGAAAGUUCGAUGAGAGACAGAGCCUGCGAGCUUCGAGGAUUCGAGCGGAGAUGUUCGCCAAGGGCCAGCCGGUCGCGCCCUAUAACACCACGCAGUUCCUCAUGGAUGAUCACGACCAGGAGGAGCCAGAUCUUAAAACCGGCCUCUAUCCCAAACGGGCCGCUGCCAAAUCCGACGACACCAGUGAUGAAGACUUUAUGGAAGAAGCAGGCGAGGAGGAUGGGGGCAGCGACGGGAUGGGAGGAGAUGGCAGCGAGUUUCUGCAGCGGGACUUCUCGGAGACAUACGAGCGGUACCACGCGGAGAGCCUGCAGAACAUGAGCAAGCAGGAGCUCAUCAAAGAGUACCUGGAGCUGGAGAAGUGCCUCUCUCGCAUGGAGGACGAGAAUAACCGGCUGCGGCUCGAAAGCAAACGGCUGGGCGGCGACGACGCGCGUGUGCGGGAGCUGGAGUUGGAGCUGGAGCGGCUGCGUGCCGAGAACCUCCAGCUGCUGACGGAGAACGAACUGCACCGGCAGCAGGAGCGAGCGCCGCUGUCCAAGUUUGGAGACUAGACAAACUUUUUGGGGGGAGGGGGCAAAGGGGACUUUUUACAGUGAUGGAAUGUAACAUUAUAUACAUGUGUAUAUAAGACAGUGGACCUUUUUAUGACACAUAAUCAGAAAUCUCCUCUGGCUUUGGUUGGUUUGAUAAAUUUAGCUAUGAUAUGCUUUCUCCUGUUCUUUAAUUAUGUGAAACCGAAGGGUUGCUUUUCUUGUUUUCCUUUUUAGAAGUUUUCUUUUUUAACGUGUAAGUAAUUUGACCAAGUUAUAAUGCAUUUUUCUGUUAAAAAUCCUCUCCUUAAAUGGAGCUAUAAGGUGGCCAAAUCUUAGAACCAUUAAAUUCAUUCUAGUUAUAAUAAAUUUAAUAUUUGUAAAUGUAACAUAGUUUCAGUGUGAUUUCUAGAGCUAAUUCGAAAUAGUACUGAUUUACGUGAUUGCAUUUUUCGGGGGGUAGAGAAAAAUUAUUUGUCAGUUUUCAAAAAACCAAUUCUUUAAUGGGAGAAUUUUCAAUUUGCUGAUUUUUCUCUUGAAUGGGUUUUAGUAUGCUGCAAUAUACAGUUCCGGCAAAAUAUAAAGGUUUAAGUAUCUUCAACACUUAA